AUGCGCCGGGCGAUGCGGCCGCUCCGCGCCCUGAGGGGGCUCUGCGGGGGGACAACGCUCAGUGCGCUGCCCUCCUUUGGGUUCCUGUUUGACAUCGAUGGGGUGCUGGUGCGAGGGAAGACUCCAAUUCCUGCCGCCAGAACAGCCUUUCAAAAGCUCGUGAACUCUCAGGGACAGUUCUUGGUGCCUGUGGUGUUUGUCACCAAUGCAGGGAAUUGCCUUCGCCAGAAAAAAGCUGACCAGUUGUCUGAUCUGCUGGGAGUUCCAAUAUCCCAAGAUCAGGUGAUGAUGUCACACAGUCCCCUGCGGAUGUUCAAGCGUUACCAUGAGAAAUGUGUCCUGGUGUCUGGACAAGGACCACUUCUUGAUAUUGCUCAAGACCUUGGUUUCUGUCAGCCCAUCACCAUCGAGACUCUGCGGGAGAAGCACCCGCUCCUGGAUGCAGUUGACCAUGACAGAAGACCCAACGUUCUGUCCCCCUCUGCUGUGGAGCUUCCCAAGAUUGAGGCUGUGGUGUUGUUUGGGGAGCCAGUCAGAUGGGAAACCAGCCUGCAGUUGAUAAUAGAUGUUUUGCUGACCAGUGGCUAUCCUGGAAAUCCCUAUCACCAUGAAAACUACCCUCACAUUCCUGUGCUUGCCUGUAACAUGGAUCUCAUGUGGGUAGCUGAGGCACAGUCUCCAAGGUUUGGGCACGGGACAUUCAUGGUGUGUUUGGAGAACAUCUACAAGAAGAUCACUGGCAGGGAGCUGAAGUACGAGGCGCUGAUGGGCAAGCCCAGCAGGCUGACGUACCUGUACGCUGAGCAGCUGCUGCGGGCACAGGCCCUGCACAGGCCCUGGCACCAGCCCAUCCACACCCUCUAUGCUGUGGGAGACAAUCUCAUGACGGACGUCUACGGUGCCAACCUUUACAACCGCUACCUUGAGGAGAACUCCAGGAAGGGCUCCAAGCCCCGGCUCCAGGCCCAGGUUUCUGGUGGCAGAGGCUCUGCUGCGCUCCCUCAGGACGAGGACAUGGAGCAGGGCUGGGAGAACCAGCUGGCACCUGCAGCUGCUGCCCACUGCAGGUCUGUCCUGGUGUGCACCGGGGUGUACAACCCCCACAGCCAGGAGCCCCUGGAGGCCAGGGACAGCCUCAGGGAAGCCGUGUUCCAUGGCCACAGAGAUUUUAGGUUUGAUCCUGCUUUAGUAGAACCGGAUCAUAUUGUUCCAGAUGUCAAUGCUGCUGUAGACCUGGUCUUCCAGCUGGAGAACUUUGCACCUAACUGAGGUGAUGGGAUUUCAUAAGGACCACUCAGUGCUGUGCUUUUCUUCCCAAAAAACAAGCUGUGCUUUACAACAGCACCACAAACUGCUGCCUUCUAAAAUUUUUUAACUUCUACAUUAAUGCAAUCUUACAUUAGGUAUGCUUAUUAGUAGUAUAUAUAGAUAUAUUAGUAUGUUUAUAUUAAAUAUCAAUAAUGCUUUUUAUAGUACUUCAAAGUAUGUAAUUUCUGGCUUUAGUUGCUCUUUAUUGUCCUCCUCUUCAUUUUGUUAGGUAUUUUAACAGCAAUAUUUCACAGUAGGCUAUUCAUGUUACUGGUACUUAAAUUCCCCCGUGACAGUAUCUUGUUUGCUGGAAGAUUUAACCUGUAGGUGUUUGGGAUCUUCACGGUAUCAGAGCAGGGUUUGUUGGCAUCAGCCUCAGUGUGGAAUGGGCUGGUACAGCACAACCCUGCUGGCUCUUCUGCAAGCAAGGGGUGCUCUCCUAAAUCAGAGUGGAGUUCCAGUCUGUUCUGCUGGGGACUUGCUCACAUCUAACCUUGCUGCUGCCUUGCUGUUUGUUUGCUUUCCCAUGUGUCUGGAGUUGCUAUUUCCUCUCUCUGAUGUGUAAAGCUUUAACAGAACUGCCCAUGGAGGUUGGGGAAGGCUGACUUGGUACUGCCCUGUUGGAACUCCAACUGAGCACAG